GCUCCCAGGCGCAGUUACUUAAGGAAGCUGGGCCCAGCCCGCACUUGCAACAGCCCUGGCUCACCCACUGGGAACCCAGGAUGGGGGCCUCAGCCAGGGCGCUGUCCUCUCUGCUGCUGGGACUGCUGCUCACGUCCUCCACAGGGGUCCUGGGUGCCAACCCCGGCCUGGUCGCCAGGAUCACAGCCAAGGGCCUGGAGUAUGUGGCCAAGGAGGGGUUGGUGGCGCUGCAGAGAGAGCUGCGAGAAAUCACACUGCCUGACUUCCAUGGGGACUCCAAGAGCAAGCACAUUGGACGUUGGAACUAUGAGUUCCGCAGCCUGGACAUCCGCAGCUGUGAGCUGCUGGGCUCUGCUUUGACACCCCUACCCGGCCAGGGCCUGAGUUUGUCCAUCUCUGACUCCUCCAUCCAGGUCCACGGCAAGUGGAAGGUGCGCAAGUCAUUCGUGAGGCUACAGGGCUCCUUUGACCUGUGGGUCAAGGGCAUCACCAUUUCGGUCAACCUCACCCUGGGCAGUGAGCCCUCAGGGAGGCCCACGGUCACUGCCUCCAGCUGCAACAGCCACAUCCGCGACCUGGAGGUGGACAUGUCGGGAGAUUUGGAGUGGCUGAUGAGUCUCUUCCAAAGCCAGAUUGAGUCCAAACUCCAAAGAACAUUUGAGGAAAAGAUUUGCGAAGCUGUCCAGAAAUCUGUGACCUCUGACCUACAGCCUUAUCUCCAAACUCUUCCAGUCAUGACAGAGAUCGAUAAUUUCGCUGGCAUUGACUACAGCUUAAUGGAGGCUCCCCAGGCAACAGCCCAAACGCUGGACGUGAUGUUGAAGGCUGAAAUUUUUAACCUUGAUCAUCGCUCGCCAGUUGCCUUCCUUGCUCCUGUCAUGAGCCUUCCUGAGGAACACAGUCGAAUGGUCUACUUUGCCAUCUCCGAUUACGUCUUCAACACAGCCGGCCUAGCAUAUCACGAGGCAGGGUACCUGAACUUCUCCAUCACUGAUGAUAUGGUUCCACCGACCUCUAACAUCCGACUGACCACCAAGUCCUUCCGCCCCUUCGCCCCCCGGUUAGCCAAACGCUACCCCAACAUGAACUUGGAGCUCCAGGGAAGAGUGGCUUCUGCGCCCGUCCUGAACUUCAGCCCUGGGAACCUGUCUUUGGCCCCCCAAAUGGAGGUUGAAGCCUUUGUGCUCCUGCCCAGCUCCGUCAAGGAGCCAGUCUUUCAGCUCAGUGUGGCCAUUAAUGUAUCCGCCAUGUUGACCUUCAACACCAGCAAGAUCACUGGGUUCCUGAAGCCAGAAAAGAUACAAGUGGAACUGAAAGAAUCUAAAGUUGGAGUAUUCAAUGUGGAGCUGCUACAGGGGCUGCUCAACUACUACCUUCUCAACACUCUCUACCCAGAGGUCAAUGAGAAACUGGCAAAAGGCUUCCCCCUUCCUCUGCUAAAAGAUAUUCAGCUCUACGACCCUGUUCUCCAGAUUCACAAGGACUUCCUGUUCUUGGGCACCAAUAUCCAGUACCUGAGGGUCUGAGGGCAAGGAGAAAGACGGGACUCGGAGGCUGCAGCUGGACCAGCAAGUUGCAUUUCCAGAUUUGCAGGAUAUUCCCGGAGAUUCUGGGAGGAUGAAGACUCUUCUGUCCUCAGCUCUGGGGGCGAGGUCUGCCUGGCCUCUGCCCCACACGCCUCCUCUUCGGGAGGUGCACCCAUGUUCUCUCAGACUCUGAAAUUUACUUUCCCUGCCAGGGCAGACCAUCCUCCUCCCUGGCCUGUAUGAUCUUUAAGGGCAGGCAUUGCCUUUUUAUUCGCCUGUUGCUCCCCUUGCACAGUGCGGGCGCGUAGUAGGUCCUCAAUAAAUAUUUAUUGAAUGAUUCCA